CUGUCAUCGCCUAAAAAACAUUUUAACUGUCAAAGCAAUCGGAAACAUUGUGAAUGGCUUAUACUUUUUGAAUAUCUAAAAGAUGAAAGUAAGUUUUAAAUAAGUUGUCAAAACGUCGUUUAACACAAAUGUCUUUAUCUCAAAACGCAAAAAGAAAAUGUUACCAUUAUAUAGUUACUUGCUUACCUAUAGCAACAGUUCUACUAGCAAUUUUAACAACAAUUAUAUCUUUUACAGUUGCUAUCAAGUUUGAAAUAAUUGCAGCAGGAUAUCUUCCAUUUAUCAGUGAAAUUGGAAACAACAAACCACAAAGCAGCAUUUUAACAUUUGGACUUUCACUAAGUGCAAUAUUAACUUUUGCAGUUAUCCUCAUACGCUUUCUACAAGUGAAACAUUUUUUUAUCACAAGGCAGUUUGAAAAUAUAUCCUCUUUUGUUGCUGGAGCGUUACUCGUGUUUGGAAAUUUUUUAGUCAUAUCUUUUCAACUUUCAAGUCACACAGUUAUUCAUUAUUUUGGAGCAACGCUUUACUUUCUCGGUACAUUUUUUUACUGUAUUCUACAGACAAAGAUAUCGUAUCACAACGCCAAAAGAUAUUUGUUUUUAACUCGAUUGUGUAUUUCAAUUUCAAUGUUUUUAUUUGGGUUUCUUUUUGCAUUAUUUUUGUUACCUUCUAUGAAAGUUUUGAACGAAAAACACCGUGUUGCAGAAGCUGCAGAAUGGUGUUUUCUUGCAUUACGAAGAAAUAAAAGAGGAAGAUUACGACAUCAUAUUAGAAACAAAUGUUCAAAGUAGCGCACACAUAACCUGUGACAACCCGUACCUAGUUGUCACUUGACGCAGCUUGGUAAAAUAAAAGGAACUUGAGUAUUUAAAAAUAUAUAAUGUUUUGAAGACUUAGUUUUUACUAGAGCAUAUUUAACUAAAAAAUUAUGCAUUUAUAUAUUUUACUUUAAAUAGAGAGUCUUAGUCGCUGUUAUAGUUCAAAAUAAAAAUAAUUUUAAAA